AUGGAGACAACCAGCUCGGUCCCGCUGCGGCGACUCCCGAGCUACACCCAGCACGAGGAACAUGAACACACUGGACACGAUUCCUCAUCCGAGUUGUCCCCACUACAUGAUGAGGAGCUUCCAUCAUAUAGCCAGGCGCGGUCAACGGGACAAAUUUUAGGAGGGCACAGUACAUUGCUUCAUCGAUCAGCCUGGGUAUCUUUAUUCACAAUUUUUUAUGUGGGGCUCGCCGUCUAUGCCUGGGCCAUGACAGUUACCCUGUCAUUCCGCCCCGUCAAAGCCAAGUCCUGGGGGUACUCGAUCGAAAGCUCAUACUACGGUUACGAUGAUAGGAAUCAAGCCGAUUUCCGUCAAGACCGGCAGAUUUAUCGUUCUGUGCGGACGAUCCAGACGUUCAUUCAAGUCGUUACUCUUCCCUGGAUUUCCGCAGUGUGUGCUAGUGCCGCUGUAAUCUUUGCGCAGAAUCAAAAAGAUUCCAUGGGCCUCCGGCUACGCCAAGUCACAACGUUGGCUGACCGCAAGUGGAUGGACUUUUCGCUGUAUCGAGCACUCAUUUGUGGAAGAUGGAGGCAACACGGCAGCACACUUCUGGCCGUCGCAAUCUUCAUCUGGGUGUUUGGCCUCAUCACGUAUCCGAUCCAGUCUCUCUUUCUCAAUUCACAGUGUGUCAAAGUCCGGACUUAUCCCCAGCAGAGAGCUGCUGUCUAUGACUUCAAGGGGAGUGGUUAUGGGUAUUUACAGCCAAAAAAAGACGGCAAGGACGUGUUGGAUGUCCGCGAUGCCCUCAACAAAGCGAACGGCGAUAGCUACCAACCUAACCUGUGGAGUAACGACAGUGGAGUACCAUUUUUGACCUUCAACAAUAUGUCUCCUCAGACGUUCUAUUCCCAGAUUCCAAGUGGUUUCAAUACAGGACUGAUUCGUCAAUUUGCCCCACGUGUGAACUCCACGGCUACAUAUGAGCUCAUACGAGAGUCUGAUUUCCCAGCCGCCUGCAAUUCCGGCCAUCCACCCCCCGAUAGAUUUUAUGCGGAGUAUUCGUCCUCGUACUCGUGGUACGCUACUUACUCUUGGGGCGUUAUUGCAUGCAUGCCAGGAAAUAUGACGGAAUCACCUUGGCGGGUGGGACGUACCCGGCAGGAUUUCUCCGAGGUCCUCUAUCUCAAUAUGACACAAGAAGAGUACGCCUCGGGUGGUUAUUCUGGUCAAGGUGCAGGGAAUAAGGCUCUUUACCGAAUCACUGUGGACACCACGGCCGGCUUCUUUGAACUGCCCAACUAUAUGAACAAGGGUGUCCCUGGUCCCUUGCUGGAUCAAGAUCCCCUGGAUCUUUGUGACCAGCAUUGUGUAGAGCAAGAUAAAAUUCAGUCAUUUCCAGAUGACUAUGGUUAUCGCCGCCGUGAUGAAAACACAGCAAGCGCUCUCAAAGAUGCAUCGCUGAGUUCCAUCUCAACAGAUAAGAAAGGGCCGUUGUUAGUGGCCGCCCUAGCAGCCUUCGGCCCUGGGUCUUUUGUCGACACAUUUGCGGCAACUGUCGCAGCUCUUGAGGCAGACGAAAAGGUCACGGGUGAGGCGCCGUCAAACUUGAGAUAUACCUGCAUUGCGAACGCCCCACUCACCAAUCUGUUUGCAUCUUCCUCUUUGGGGUGUAUAGCUGCUGGGAUAUCUGGAAAUGGCACCUGGUACCCUGCUGGGUCACAGAUUGCCGAAUGGAUUGAUCGUUUUCAACAAGGCACGGAUUCGAUUUCGAAUGCCUUCACAUCUGCCGCUUAUCUUGCCAACCAGGAAUUUCUUUUCAGUCGGGGGGUAGAUGAUUUGGGCACUGAUAUGGAUCUUCCAUCAAUCUCAUCCGCGGGAAUCAUCGUAGUCUCCAUCUUGAUGGGACUUUACUUGCUACCACUGCUAGCUUUGUCACUAUACGCUGGUUAUUACCCACGAUGGACUGAGAGAUUAGAUUCCUUUGUGAUGCUACGAUUCGGCGCCUUUUCUGGCGAUAAGGCUUUCCCUUUGCUAGUUGGACGCAAUACUGAGAAAUGUCCCGAGCUAGACGAGUUGUCUGGCGUUGUCCGGGAUGUGUCAACAUCAUCAGCCGAUGCGGCUGUUCAAAUUGGCAGGCUCGGUUUCGGUGAGGGCAAGAUAUUGCGAGGAGGCCAUCGUUAUGAGUGCUACAAAGGAGAUAAUGAGCCAUUCAGUUCAUGGUUUGUUGAGCACCGAAGCUGA